CCGCCACAGAAAAGAACUACAACUCCCGGCAUGCAUCGUUUCCGCAUGUCGCCUUUUACGUAAUGGACAGCUCCCCGGAUGCGGCUGUGAUUGACUACACCAGGCAAAAAGAGAUCGAAAGCCGAGUGGCGGUGCUGCAGCCCCAGUGGUCGUUGGCAGGAUGCAGACCAUAAAGUGUGUGGUGGUGGGUGACGGGGCAGUGGGUAAAACCUGCCUACUCAUCUCUUAUACCACCAAUGCCUUCCCCGAAGAGUACAUCCCCACGGUGUUUGACAACUACAGCGCUCAGAUGAGCGUGGACGGCCGCACUGUCAGCCUCAACUUGUGGGACACGGCGGGCCAGGAGGAGUACGACCGCCUGCGCACCCUCUCCUAUCCGCAGACCAACGUUUUCAUCAUCUGCUUUUCCAUCGGCAGCCCUUCCUCCCACGCCAACGUGAGGCACAAGUGGCACCCCGAGGUGUCUCACCACUGCCCCAACGUGCCUAUCCUGCUGGUGGGCACCAAGAGGGACCUGAGAGGCGACGCAGAAACAGUGAAGAAGCUGAAGGAGCAGGGUCUGGCCCCGACCACCCAGCAGCAGGGCAACGCCCUCGCCAAGCAGAUCGGGGCGGUUAAAUACAUGGAGUGUUCGGCUCUUCUGCAGGACGGCGUCAGGGAGGUGUUUGCUGAAGCUGUGAGGGCGGUGUUAUAUCCUGUAACGAAAAAGAACCCCAAGAAGUGCGUGCUGUUGUAAUAAAUGGUUCCCGCGUUUGGACUGUGGAGAGGGAUGAUGGAGAUCCACAGAUGCAAAGGAAGGCCGAGGAACAAAGGUCGUCAUCUGGCUGCCGUCUCACCACCUCCAGCAGUUCAGACUUUUGUUUCCAGCUCCUCUGUUACUCCUCUCUUCCUUAUUCAUCUCCUGGAGGAUUUCACCUCGUUGCCAUCAUCGCCAAAGUGACUAUGUUUUAAAAUGGGGGCAACUGACCGUAUCUCCUCUAUUUUUCUUACAUUUUUAACUUUCGAUAUUUACACUUUUCCAAUUUUUACACCUGUUCUAGAUUUAUAGCUUCUCUGCUUUGCCUUAUAAAAUGCUGAUCAUGGUUGUCACAAGCCAUAAUAACAUCCAAACCAACCAACCAAGCUACCCUGUUUGACUGGAGAGAAGAGAUCUGCCUUUUUUUUUGUUCAGGUGGAGAAAUAAUGACUACCUCAUACUCUCACCUAGGUUGCAUCUCAUGAGUCUCAAGCAGUGCCACCAUCAAGAUGCUUCGACUUGCCUAUUUAGAUGUAAUGAACAGCCAAGUAGAGGGUGAACACGUUUUUAAUUUCAAGCAACUUGAGUCCAGACAAGGUGUGAUGACUCCCGGACGAAUGCCAGUACACCAUAACCAAUAUGCACAGAUUAGAGGUUAAACUCCCAAGCUGCAAUUCCCCUUGUGCUCAGUCUGGCAUGUUAGAGCUGUCCGGCAGGCUGCACUUCCAGCCUCUUGCACUGCUCUCUCAUUGCCACGCAUGGAAGAGCCAGUAGGCCUUUGAAGAUAAGCCGGACCCAUUAAAAGCAGCCGACCGUUUGCCCUCUUCUUCAGCAAUAGAGGAGCAGGUGUCAUAAGGCGCCUGCCAAAUUAACCCACGCUGGUACACGGUUUCUCGAGCUGACAUAUCAGAAAGUCACGUUGUAGCACAGCUCUCCUGUCUACGUCUUAACUCUUGAUGCUCACACCGAGUGCCAUUAAAACAUGCCUAAGAAUGACUUUUUGACGCGGUGGGGUCAAAGAGACUGUGUUUUGUCUAAUAAUGUUGAAUUUACUCUGUAAAUGAUUUUUUCUCUCCUCAAAUGUUUUUAACCUACGAGUGCGGUUAUGGCCAAAGUUGAAUAUAUUUUUUUGUAAUAGCUUAUGUUUAUUUGAUCAGUAAGAUGUUUGUGUGUAAUAGUUAAUACUCAGAUUUGAUAAACACCAUAAUGCACCCCGUGUCAAUUACAUUGUUGCCUUACAUUUAAUGUCAGCAGACUUAUGACCACUGCGUGAUUAAAUCAGUAUAGCAUAUUAAACCAGAAUAUGUUUGUACUGGCUUGUGCUAGGCUAUAUACACGUAUUUUCCUAUAUUUUCUUGGUUAGUGAAUUAUCAUUUCAACUUUGGAAGAAGCACUGUGUCAUAGCUGCCUAGUUAAUUUCACAACUUAAUCAACAAUAUAGAAGGAGCCUUUUAUUUGGUCAGGUGCCUUUUUAUCGAAACCAAAGACCAUAGCAGUGCUCCUUUGUCAAACCCAAAGGUUCUCAUUAUAGUGAUGCAAGUGUCACAAGACCUUUUUUGAAAUGCAGGUCCAGCCAACUCUGGGUUUCAUUUCUGACAUUUUUUCCGAAGCUUUCUAUCUUAGUUCCUGCCAGUAAAACACUUCUCGCAGCCCUCUUUGUAAGACACAGGUGCUAAACUGACAACUUGUGCAGCAAGUCUGAGCGUUUGUGAAACUGAAGACAUGAAACGGAGUGCACAUGGCGCACAGCUCUUAACAGAUUGUGGUUUACAUCCCUGCAUUGCAUGUUGCAGUGAGGGCAAGGCACGAGCACAUCUUGCACAUACAGUUAGUAAGAGCUGCGUUGGUGGAGCGUGCCUUGUCGCCUCUGAAACUUUUAUACAUUUUAUAAAAUAUUUUUUUAGUAAUGACUGGCUGCUAAUUUGUGCUCACAGCCGCCAGUAAUACCAGCAACCCUUUUUACUAUAGUUAUUUUCAUUUACUCGCUCGAGCAGAGUGUAUUAUAAGUCAACCUACAUUGUGGCCUGUGUAAAGUUUAGAAAAACCGAAGCGCAACACGAGCAGGAGACUUUGUGUAACAACAGUGAUGCGGUUUGAGAUCUGCCAAAGGAUGUGUGAAAAUUUCCCAGAUGGGUGUGUGGAGGGUUGAAUGUAAGUGCAUAAUAUGUCAAACUGUCAACUGUGGUGAGUUUGUGUUUUUUUGCCGUGUCCUGAUUUCACUCAGAUAAUGCUGUUGAAGUGGAACAUACACCUGUGGGCUCUCUUGUCUGUGUCCCGGAGCUGUAUGCUACCGUGUGCGUGGUACUACGCUUUUACACUGGGAACUUGAUUUGUAGAAAUCUGUUUGUAAUUGUUUUAUAUAUAACAAAAAGCAUAUUUGUAUAAAUGAACUAACAGUGAGAUGAUUUUAAAUUAUGCCAAAUAAAAUGGUGGUUCAAACCAGA